AUGGCUGCACACGGGCUGCUCCUCCUCUGCUCCCUGGCGCUGCUCCUCCUGCUCAGCCGGCCCGGCCUCGGCUUCUCCGACGAGGAGGAGCUGCAGCCGGGACUCGUCUAUGAAGAAGUGCCUGAAAUCCUGGAGAGGAGCGAAGAGAAUCCCAAACAAGCAACAAGAGUCACAUCAAGUCAAGAUGGUGGUUACGGCUUAGAAAGUGAAGAGGUUGUUCUGACGCCGGAAGAUGAAAACCCGCUCAGGAGAAUACUGCAGCCAUUUAACUGGCACCAGAACGGGAUGUCUAACAGUAAGAGGAAGCUGCUCCAGUCUCUGAUGGGACCGUACGGCCCUCUGAGUGUGUCUUACAAUGGGAAGACCUGUAUUCUCUUUAAGGCAAAGCGCCUGGCAAUCCGCUACAGAAACCAUACCUUUAUCGAUCUGACCGAGAAGGUCUUUAACGCCAACGCACCUGUGGACACUAAAGGUUCCAUUUGCACCAAGGAGAAAGCCACGCUUUCAUUGAAGUUCGGUGACGUGGAGGAUUUACGAGGUCUAGUAAUCAGACUUCAGAUGUCCAACACGUUUUACGAGGCCGCCGGUCAAAACUGGUUCACACUGGACAGCGUUCACAUCCACUACAACUGGACCCAGGAGGCCACGUUCAACGCCAGCGAGGUCUACGCUCCUGCCACCUCAUCCUACCAUUGCCAGCACGUCAGCAGCCUGCACAAAUAUGACACCCUGCUAGUGCCCAGCUCCCACACUGACACAUCAGCAAACUGGCACAUCACUUUCACAGAUUUCCAGAUCCAGGCCUUCAAUGUGCAGUCGGACAAGUUUGCGUCGGCCAGCGACUGUGCCACUUUCCUGACGCCGGCCAUCCUGAUGGGCCUGGUGACGUCGUUGAUCCUGCUCCUUGUCCUCGCCUACGCCCUGCACAUGGUGGUACACCUCAAGCACAUCGACCGCUAUGAGGAACACAAAGCGACAGUCUACUUUCCCCGUAGUCCAGAGGCCGAGUUGCCAGACAAGAACAGCCUGUGA